AUCACAGUUCAUUAGUCUACACUUCGAGAUCUAGCUAGCCAGUCUCGUUCAUCUUAUGAUUGGUGCAGCAUCAUGAUCAUACCUUACAUCUAUUUUAAAUAUUUCUUCUAUUUCAUUGUUUUCGUAUGUUUGCCUGUAGUCGCGUUGAUUCUAUUGAAGAUUUUCCAAAAGUUGACCCUUGGAAAAUGCAAAAGUUUGGCCUGUUUAUCCGGAAAAACUGCGAUAGUAACCGGAGGAUCAACAGGUAUAGGAUAUGAAACAGCCCUCCACUUGGCCUCUAGGGGAUGCAGAGUGAUAAUAGCAGAUAAAUUUGGAGCUCUUAGAGCAGCUAAGAAAAUUAUGCGAUACACAAGCAAUCAGAACGUCCUCAACAAAUACCUGGACCUUGCUUCAUUGAAGUCGGUAAGGGAGUUCGCCAAAGAUAUAAAUGAAACAGAGGAAAGAUUGGACAUUUUGAUAAAUAACGCAUGUGCCUCAGGCGUUUCUAAUAACCACACAGAAGAUGGACUACACGAGACGAUGCAAAUUAAUCAUUUUGGACCAUUUUUGUUGACACAUCUGCUUUCAGAUCUUCUUAAGAAAUCAGCACCAAGCAGGAUCAUCUUCGUAAGCUCGGCUUCAGCUUUCUUCAGUAACCUAUCCAUAGAAAAUUUGAACUACCCAAAGGAUCAUCCAUUGUCACUCUUCAGAACAGGACUCAUUUACGGAAAUUCCAAACUUUGCAAUGUUAUUGCAGCUAAUGGAUUCGCUAAAAGACUUGAAGAUUAUGGUGUAAUUUGCAACUCAUUACAUCCAGGAUGGGUCAACAACAAUUUUGAGAAGAAUCCCGAAGAAUCAGCAGGAUUAGACGGACUUGAUCAGAUUAUUAUGAGCCCAAUAUCUUUUGCUUAUGCUAAGACUCCUAGAGAAGGUGCUCAGACAACUUUGCACUUGGCUUUCUCAGAAUCGCUGAAGAAUGUUACUGGCAAACAUUUUUGGGACUGCGUCACUUUCCCCCUUCCUCCUGGAGCUAGAAACGAGAAAUUCUGCCAGGAUAUCUGGAAAGAAUCGGAGAUUUUCGUGAAACUGGAAGAUUCGGAAAAACUGCCGCUUAUAAACCCAAAAAAAGAACAUAAUUAUCGCUAUAUCUACCGAGAAGGUGAAGAUGUUGAGGUUAUGUUGGAUCAACUCCGAAGCAAACAAGAGCAAAUGGAAAGUACCAACAGCGACAAAGUAGAAAAUGAAGAAAAUAAGGAAAUCGAAAAGGAGACGAAAGAUAAUGAAUUUGUUGAAAAUGGUGAUGAAAUCAAAAAGGAGAAGAAAGAUGACGAGUUUGUUGAAAACGGCAAUGAAAGUAUUUUACGUUUCAGAAAAAUAAACGACCAAAAAGAUUUUUUAAAUAUGAACGGAGAUGCAGAACAUAAAGACAAGAAAGAAAGAAGUUGAAAUUAAUGAGAUGACUGAAGCCUAGGUAGUUGAAAUCUAGAAAGAUUUUAAGAGAAUUAUAUGAAUACGGAGUGCCAAGAAAUAGUAUCCUAGGCAUUCUUCACUAGUUUUGUUACUGUUAAUAUGUUUCAUUGUAUUUGAAGAAUAUUUAGAAUUUUAUUGUUGAAUAAAACUUUAUUUUGAA